AAAACUAAAUUAUACAGAUAAAAAACAAGGCUCAGGAUAUGUAGAAUAAAUAUACACAAUGAGUGAGAGGCCUACCUUUAGACCGUACACUGAUUACCAACAACGGCAACGUAAUCUCCUCACCCACAAGGAUGAAUUCGGACCAAAGCUCUUUAAACAGAUGGUGGUGGGGUUUGUGUGUGCAGGACUGUUGGGGCUGAUUUUUCUGAUUCUAGGGGCAGUUUUUAUGAAGGAGGCCCUCAAGUCUGAGUAUUCUAUAUCAGUGAUGCUGUGUGUAUUUGGAAUGGUGGCAGGCCUUAUUAUCAUCGUGGGGACAGCCAUUCUUGGUAAACUGUCAAUUUCCAGGAAGUGGCUGAAGGCUUCGCCUGCUCCUAGGAACUCACAGUGCUUUCAGACUUGCUCAGUUGUGUACACACCUUCUCAAGACCCUAUAGCGAUACAUGAGGCACCUCCUUCAUAUGAUACGAUCAUGCUCAGUGAAUUUGUCCCAGGGACCGUGUUGGAGACGUCACCGGCGGGGAUGCUCCCUCCUAAGUACUGCGAUGUUGCCUCACUUCCAAACUAUGGGGAACCAGUCUAAUUGAUUUGGUUAAAUGCCUAUUUUCAGGUUUUACGAAAUAAUUUAUAUAUUAUUUUUAUAUGUGUAUAGAAAAUUAUUUUGUUAUGCAUAUCAAAUUAUUCAAUUUCAAAUUUUUUGCCUUGCCAUAAAAAACUUGAUAACUUCUAAAUGAAAUGCAAA